CUCUAUUUUGGCCCUCUUCAUUAAUCUCAACGAUUCAUGAUCUUUGUCAAAACUAAGAGUGGAUUUGCGCGCACUUUCCUCGGUCUUGAAAUCCCGAUUCUGAUUCCUGACGAACCUAGGUUCUUUGUUUCAGUGUCUCAAAAUGCACAAGAGUAUAAAAUCUUAUUUCACGGUGAUUUCAAAAAAAAAAGCUCCAGAUAAUUCACCUAAUGCAAACACCAAGCAAAAAAGGGAUCCAUCCUCUGACGAAGAUGUUGAAAGAUUAUCUCCAAAGAAGCGCCAAAAGCCUGUAAAACGGAGCACUAAGCGAAGGGUGUUGUCAGAUUCUGAGGAUGAAAUAGUGGAAUCUAGAAAAGCAACACCUUCUAGAACAAAUAAAAAAGCACUUCAAAAAACAGUCUCUCCUGCAGAUGUAUUCGAUACUCGACCUGUCAAAAGAAUCGAAGCACCACAACCUUCUAAAAAACUGUCAGCGCAGGAUGGAGAAUUUGUUUUUGAUGAAAAAUUUGUGGCUGUGCUAGACCAGUUGGAAACAUCUCAUACCAAACAGAGUUCCAAAACGGUAAAACUUGGUAAAACUAUUGGAAAUGCCACAAAUACUGUAUCAAAUGAAAUUGGCACUACGAAAAUACAAAGCAGUACUCACAGGUCGUCGAAUUCUGACAAAAAGUUAACCGAUGAUGAAAUCAGUGGGUGCAAUAAAAAUACUGGUAUUGAAACAAAUACUAAAUCGGAUAGGAAGGAGAAAGAAGAAGUAAUGAAAAACAAUAGUGAAAUGCUUCGAAGUUCAAAAAAUGAGACAUCUAAAGCUGUUGAAAACAAUAAAAAGACGAGCAAUGAUAUCCCAUACAAAAAAGGUAUCUCAAAAUUGAUAAUUGAGAAACAAGAUGAACAGAAAAAAAGAAAGCGAAGCAAUGAAGAUCAAGAAAGUGACCCUUACGAGGAUAUGAUCCAGAAAAAAAAACGUGGUCAAGCAUUAUAUCAACAAUACCUUCAUAGAGGAGGUGCUCGGAACCCAGGAUCUAAGGAAAUUCCUACGGGAGCUGAUAAUUGCUUAGCUGGAAAAAGUUUUGUUAUAACUGGAGUUUUGGAUUCAUUAGAGAGACAUGAGGCUGAUGAUUUAAUCAAGAAAUAUGGAGGUCGAGUUGUUGCUCAAGUUUCCAAAAAGACAGACUAUAUGGUAUUGGGUGAUGAGCCAGGUCCAGCAAAAUUGGAAAAGGCCAAAAAAUUGGGAAUCAAAACGAUAUCAGAAGAUGAUCUGUUAGAUAUGAUUCGAACAAGACCUGCUGGACAGGCUACGCCAAUGACUGGCGUUGGAAUGAGUCCUGUCGGAAAAUUGAAGAACUUUCCCAAUAGAGCUAAACGAAAAACGCCAGAGCCAGAACCUCUAACAAUCACGCUACCUAAUUCACCCCCAAAGGCUAAGGAUAGAUCUCACCCAAUUUCUAAACUUCCUGAAGACAAUUCAAAAACUUUGACAACAGAUAAGCCUUCUGCGCAGGUUCCUACAUCUCCUGAAAGUGAGACUCGAGCAUGGGUGGAGAAGUAUAAGCCAAAGUCUAUGAAGCAAAUUAUUGGUCAGCAAGGUGAUAAGAGCAACGCGCACAAGCUUCAUAAUUGGCUGCAAAACUGGCAAAAAAAUCAGUGUGGAAAUGUCAAACAUCCGCGACCUAGUCCUUGGGCACAACAUGAUGGAUCAUUUUUCAAAGCCGCUCUUCUCUCUGGCCCGCCAGGCGUUGGUAAGACAACAACUGUUCAAGUCGUAUGUGAAGCAUUAGGGCUCGAUGCUUUGGAAUUCAAUGCAUCUGAUACUCGGAGUAAAAGACUGCUGAAGGAGGAAGUUUCAGAGUUACUGAGUAACAAGUCUAUGAAAGGCUAUUUCGUUGAUAGUCGUUCCAAGAAGCCAGAUCUCAGUCAUGUGCUUGUUAUGGACGAGGUUGAUGGAAUGGCUGGAAAUGAAGAUCGAGGCGGGUUGCAAGAGCUAAUUGCGCUUAUUAAGACUACGAAUGUACCUGUGAUCUGCAUCUGUAAUGACAGAAAUCAUCCAAAAAUGAGAACUUUGUCCAAUUACACAUACGAUCUCAGAUUUCAGAAACCUAGAAUCGAACAAAUCAGGGGUGCUAUGAUGUCCAUAUGCUUUAAAGAAAAGAUCAAUAUUACCGCAGAGGAUCUCAAUCGGUUGAUUGAGUCGACUAAUAACGACAUUAGGCAAGUUUUGAAUCAUCUGUCAUUAUUCACCAAAAAUUCUUCCGUUGAAAGAUCACCAGAACAAAGGCGAGUCAACAAAGACCUAAAAUUGGGUCCCUGGGAUGUUGUGGGAAAAGUUUUUUCCGCGGAGGCGCACAAGACUAUGUCCAUACAUGACAAAAGUGAUUUGUUCUUCCACGAUUACAACAUCUCCUCCCUUUUUGUCCAGGAAAACUACUUGGGUGUAACCCCAAACUGUCCCAAGAACAAGGUAUUAGAAAUGGUAGCGGAUUCAGCUGAAAGUUUGGCACUAGGAGAUCUGAUUGAAAAUGCGAUUCGAAAAACUGGUGCGUGGAGCUUAUUGCCGACACAGGCCUGUUAUUCCUCUGUAAUUCCUGGAACAUUAAUGUCUGGUCACAUGACAAAACAAAUCACUUUUCCUGCUUGGCUUGGACAAAAUUCGAGGAGAGGAAAAUUUGACAGAUUGCUCCAAGAAAUUACCAUACACACACGUCUUGCAACGGCGGCGAGCAAGGAUUCAUUAAACUUGGACUACUUGAAACCUCUUAGGGAUGCCGUUGUCAGACCUUUGGUUGUUGACGGAGCGGAUGGUACUAAGACAGCAUUGGAUGUAAUGAGUUACUACCAUUUGCUCAGGGAAGACCUGGACUCAUUAAUAGAGGUUUCCUUGUGGCCAGGACAACAUGAUCCAAUGCAGACCUUAGAAAGCAAGGUUAAAGCUGCAUUUACGCGUGCAUUCAACAAAAGCUCAAUAAUGAGACCGUACGCAUUGAAAAAAAGUACCGAAAAGAAGAAAAAGAGCGAUGACACUAACAGUGAGAAUUUCUCACAAUCUGAUGCAGAAGAACCUGAAUCUGAUGAUAAUGACGAUCUUUCUACCGAUCCAAUGAUCAAGUUGAAGAAGCCAAUCAAAGCCGUGAAAGAAACUGUGGGAGCAAAAAAAAAGACAAGUAAGGCUGCAAAUACGAAAUCCAAGGUGCGGAAAUAGGAGAAGUGAAACUCAAAUUUUGUACGCCCUACCUCUGUUCACUCUUAUAACGUACGGCUAAGUUAAGAAACGUGUGUAUUUAUCGGUGCGUAGUUCUCGGUGAUUGGGAAAAAUCUUAAUAUUUGAUCUCCACCAUUAGGAAUGUUGGAUAUAUUUAUCAUGUUCAAAAUCAGGUUAUACGCCUAAAUAUUUUUUUCGUUCAUAUGUAUGAAUGCAAAGCACUUGCCCGCCACUUGUUACAGAUUUAUUUGCAAUAAAAAAGAAUCAGCAUGUU